AUGAUGACCCAUCCUGCUCCCCCUCCUCACAUUCAUACAUCACCCAUACACCCACCCUCGUACGCGUAUCCGUUCCUUCCUCACCAUGCACCAAGGCAGCCGCUUGAAGUUCGGGUCGAAGAGAAUGCGUUUGGUCCUGGGAUGGAAAGAGGAAGUUGGGUAAUUAGCGUUAGGUUGCCUGGAUUUGCUCCUGAUGGCAUCACUGUUGGUCAUUUCGAACGACGUAUUUCAUUUGGCUACGACGCGGACGUGGCUGCCAUCCGCGCCGAGUUCAACGGAGAUCUGUUGCGCGUCACGGUUUCCAGGAGAUGGAUAUUGGGUCCGAUGGGGACAAUAGGCAGGAGCACGACGAUCGGGCACGGACCCGGACCCGGAACUGGAACUAGACCCGCCGUAGAACAACCCUCCAAUAAACCAUUAGUAGACACCUCGGCGUCCGGAUCGGCCGAGUCGACUCGGCUUCCGGGAAUGUCGUGA